UCAAUGACUUUACGCAGUAAACUAGGACAAAACAGUGCCGCAAACAAACAGCAACGAGCGGGUCGUUAUUCGACUCGGUUGCAGCGCUUGAUAGAGACAUUCAGGGGGCGUUUGGUCGUCCGCGUGCGCGUCCGCGUGCGUUACGGGGAGCCGCCGCGCGUCCAGGGUCGUCCCCCGGUGUCCGCCAAUUAAUUCAUUAGAGGCUAAAACGGUUGAGGGCAGUGUCGCCAGAGAGGAGACUGUGGUGGCUCUGGAGAGCUGUCACUUUCUCUGAACGCGCGUGUGCGCGUGCGCGCGUGCGAGUGUGCGGAGGGGGAUUAGCGUUACGCACGUUAUGCGGGGCGCAGCUUUGGUGAUGCGUUCAGUCGGGAGAUGCGCGGCGGGGAGCAGUGAGCGUCAGCGCGGGCAUUCAGCUGCAUCCGGCGCCGGCGAGGAGUAGAGAGGCGAAGAUGCGCGUCGCCGAACAAAGGAUUUAGGAGAAAACGAGCCUCGGUCCCACGUCGAAUCUCGACCCCCCGGCGCGUUUCGCUCGCCCGUUUGGACUUGUCAGGACUCUGCCUCCGAGGGCGACGGACUCAGGCUGAAGAACCCGGCGUCGGAACCUGGAGCAGGAGGGACCGUCUGGUCUGAUCGCGUCGCCGCAACUCCAUGUGGAUGGAGAGAGGAUCCACGAACACGGCGAGCGGAGCCUGUUUGGAAACGUGACAUCGCCCCCUCCGCCUGACAUCGUACCUGACAACUGCGCGUCCGCGUCCGCCUUCGCCGUCGACUGGAUUUGUUUACACUGAUAAAGAUGGCGUUCCUCCCGGUGUUUCUCCUGCUGCUGCUCGCUGUUACUCACCGCGCCUGCGGCCAGGACUUCGAGAGCUCCGAGCCUCUCCCGAGGGGCUGUGGCUGGGGUCUGGUGCGUCCCUACACCCUCCUCUGUGACCUGGACUCCAUCUGGGGCGUGGCUGUGGAGUCGGUGGCCGCCGGCGGGGUGCUGGCCGCCAUCUUGCUGGCCCUCGUCCUCCUGUGCCGCCUGCGCCACGUCAGCGAGGCCGAGAAGCGCAGCGGCGUGGGACCCAUUCUCCUGCUGCUCCUUGGGGUCCUCGGCCUGUUCGGCCUGAGCUUCGCCUACCUGAUCGAGCAGGACGAGCUGCUGUGUCUGCUCCGCCGAGCCCUGUGGGGUCUCCUGUUCGCCAUCUGCUUCUCCUCCCUGCUGGUGCAAGGCGUCCGCCUGCGCCGGCUGGGCCGCGAACGCCGGAGCCCCGGCGGGUGCGCCCUGACCGGCUUGGCCCUGGGUCUGAGCGCCGUGCAGGGCAUCAUCGCCGCCGAGUGGCUGCUCCUAACCGUGAUCAGGGAGGGGCGAACCAGCUGCCAGUACCUGCCCGUGGAAUUCUCGCUAGCCUGCAGCUACGUGCUAGCCCUCCUGCUAGCUGCGCUGGCGGCCGCCUCCUUGGCUCUGUGUGGUAAGACACGCCAGUGGCGCUGCAACGCCGUGUGGCUGCUGGUGACCUGCCUGCUGUCGCUGCUGCUGUGGGUGGCCUGGGUGGGCUUCUACCUGGUGGGCAACAAAUGGCUCGGGAGGUCGCCGGACUGGGACGACCCGACGCUGGCCAUCGCCCUGGUGGCGCAGGGGUGGUUGCUGCUAAUCUUCCACGCCAUCCCUGAAGCUCACAUCUGCCUGAGACCCCCGCCGCAGCCCACCGCUCCAGACUACUUCGACACCUCCCAGAACUCGACGCGCAUGAGGGAGACCAGCUUCGACGAGGACAUCCCCCUUUCUCACAGGCAGUUUGUGGAGAACCAGGGCUACGGAUACAACGAUGAGAACACAGCAGGCUUGAGGAGCGGUGGCGGUCCUGGGCAGCACAACAGCAACACCGGCGCCAGACCCAGCGCUCCGUUCCGCAGCAACGUCUACCAGCCCACCGAGAUGACCAUGAUCCUGAACGGGGGAGCGGUGAGUACCUCCUCCCAGUCCCAGGUGCCCUCCGCUCCUCCGACCUACACCGGGAGGCAGCUGUGGUGAGUGACGCGCUGGAAAGAGGAUCGGUAGCAAACGGAAGAGGAGGCGAGGACGGGUGUCAGAGACGAGGGGCCGCCUGCGUGGAUGGGACUUUAAAGGGUGACGCCAGGGGGGCCCCUCGGCUCCGUGUACAGACUUUACCACUGACUGUGUGCCAAUCAACUACUGUAUGAGUGUGCGUGAGAAUGGGAGCAGCCCUGGCAUGGAGGACAGAGCUAAAGCUCUUCCAGCACACACACCUCUAUAGAAGGGUUUCAAAGUAGCAACAGAAAACACGCUGACUCAGAUCUGAAAACACCAACAUGCAGUAUUCUCCCCCUCUUUGUUUGAUUCGCUCCCCUGAGACUACAGCACUGUAAGCAUCCCUGAAAACUGUGAAAUCCAGCGCUUUUCCCUCGCUCCAUCUCUCUCCUCCUUCGUCCUGUCAGUCAGGACGCCCAUUCUGCCGCUUUUCACAGCGCUGCUGCUCCAGUGGAAACAUUUGGCUCCGUCCUCCAUCCAGCUGCAGCGUAGGUGAGGAGGGAACACGCGGUGCAGCACUGGCGGCGCCCUCUUAAAAAAAGAAUCCAGCCUGUGUGUGCGUGUGUGUGUGUGUGCGCGUGUGUGUGUGCGUGUGUGCGCGUGUGCGUGUGUGUGUGUGUGUGCGCGUGUGUGCGCGUGUGCGCGUGUGUUCCCUACAUCUCCAGACUGUUACUUCCAGCCCUUUUCCUCCCUCUCAAUCUCCGUCUGUGAACAUGGAUCACGCCACUUCUGUCGCUUUGCCACAUCCUCCCACUUGCAUGGACACAAAAAAAAACGAAACUGUGACACCCUGAGAAACUGCGAACACGUCCAAAAGCAGCCCGGAGCACGCGGACGGCCGGCCGACGGGCCCCUGAUGAAAUCCGGGCCGGGCGAGCGGGGCGUCGGGGAUGCGCCGGUUCAGACUGUGAAUCUAGGUCAGACUGAUGCUGCGCUCCCACAUCUCUGUCGGCCACUGGCGCUUCGAGCCAAGGAGCGCUGCCACUUUAUAUCAGCAGGAAACAGGGUUGAGGAGAUGGUCGGAGAAGCGAAGGGGCUCCUGUUCUUGUUCCUCCGUCCGUGUUUGUGUGUGCGUCCGUGUGUGUCGUGACUUUUUGCAUGUCAGGAGUUGAGGUUGCUUUCUGGUGCUAAACACGUCCUCACACAGCUUCCCAGUGAGACGCGGAACCACAGGAACGACGCGGAUGCAGAUGCAGCGGUGGAAACGGCCCGGCUAUAAUUAGAGCGGUGGCUGGCGCGUGGAGAUAUUCUAGAGCCUGAAAGAUCAGAUUCACAGCGCAAAGUAGAAAGCGGGAGAUCAAAUGGAUGAGGAGGAGAACGCAGGAAGGGAGGACGGAAGGAGCGAGGGGAGAUAGCGGGAGACGUCUGAGGGGAGGCCAUGUGACCGGCUUCCUUUAGUGAGCCGCCGAUCUGGGCGAGAAAAUGGCUCCCCGGCCUGCGUGUGUGUGUGUGUGCGUGUGCGUGGGUGCGUGUGUGUGUGUGUCUCUUUGCUGAAGUGUCUCUCUCUCUCUCUCUCACUCCUCCACCUCCGUCGGCUAAAGAUCACGUCCUCGUGCCAAGAAGGAGUCUUGUUUCACCGGAGUCUCCGUUUCAUCCCUUCAUCGUGGCACCAGCUCCCACCAGAGACGCUGUGUACAUAGUAUUCGCUGUACAACUAUGCUUGGUUGCUUACUUUUGUUCAUUUUAACUCUAGGCUGAAUUUAGACCCACCAGAAAACCCGACUGCUGUAAACAGGUGUUUAUCUGGGGGAGGUUUUUUUAAAGAUCAUUUUUAACCGGUUUGCUUUGUGUUCAUACAUUUGCUUGUUGCAUUUUUCUCUUGCUGGUGUCUUUUACAGUCUUUAUCCAACACUAGAUAUGCUUUCUUUUGUUUAAUGUUUAGAAAAUGAUUUGAUUUCUCAUAAUUAAUAAGGAUUUACAUGGUUUGUAUGUCCUGCAAAGAACCACUAUUUGCUGUGACAGUUAAUCUGAUAAAAAAAUGCCUAUUUUUAUUUUCAAAGAUAUUACAAUUGCUAUUAAUAUUUCUGGCACUUCGCAGUAAAGACUUGUUCUGUUAGUAUUUGGAGGUAAUCAUAAAAACAGCAGGGCUGAUUAAAUCAUCUUCAAGCCCACCAACAAUCAUUCAUCUUGGUGAACCCUCUCACAGCAACUCUCCACUAAGAAAAAGCUACGGGUAAACCCUUAACUGCUGGUGUGUGUUUAUGUCUUAGCCGCUGGCCUGUCUAUAAUAAGACGGGUGCUAGCAGGCCAGCUCCAUGCCCAAAGAAAGCUUGUCCCGCCACAGUAUGUCAGGCUCUGUUUGGGCCAAGAAACAAUGUACCGACCCCACAUCCGCGAGUCAGAACCUAGGAAGCGGACCCGUCCUCGGGGCGGUCAGCAGCAACGACACCAAGCUCUGAAGCUGAGGGAGCAGGUACCGAUUCUUGUGAUGUUUCACACAAUGUGACGUAAGAAAAAAAAAAAAGCAACAUGUGACUUCGUAGAUUUUGCACUUGUCGACUACCUAUCUGUGCAUGCUUAUCACCAUUUCUACAUGUGAGACCUUUCUCAGACAUACUUUUCAAUAUAAACUAUUUAUGUAAAGGUCAUGUGAGAGCAAUCAUACCUUCAUUGUAUAUCAGAAUACACAAUGUCUGUGCUUUCUUAUACACAAAAGAGAGCUGGUUCUAGAGAAGCAAAAAGACUAACGUCAGGGUAAAUGGUCCAAAGUAAUGCAAAAUUCCAACGUUACUGGACCUAAUAGCAGUUAUGUUGAAGACGCGAGGGUUUUAAAAAAAAGAGUAUCAUCUGACUGAUAUUGUCUCUGUGUUUAAAGUCAAAUAGACUGUGGUGAAAUUUGCACAAAACUUCUAUAUGUUAGGUCCGUCAUCCCUGGGCAGCGUGUUGGAACAUCCUCCCAGGUUUGACUUGUCCUUGCCUGUCCUCUCCUGAUUUGUCUUGCCUUCAGACUGUUCCAGUGGGGCAGCUGACAGGGGUGAUAUUGGUUUUCACAGCUGUGACUGUGCAGUGACGCAGCAUGCCUAUGUAUAGAAAUUAAUUCCCCUGAUUAGAAAAAGAAAAAAAAACCUGUUAACUCUUGUUUCUGUAACUGAUUCAGGAAAAAAGUUCAAUAAAAGUGUCAUGUUUGUAGUUAACUUUUAA